CAAUGUUGAUCGGGAUCUCAGGAACAGCAGGAUCAGGCAAGACGGAGGUGGCCAGGUACUUGAUUUUUCAAGGUUUUAAAUUGUUGUCAUAUGAUUUCUUAGGGGACUCCACACCAGAAACAGAAGAGUUUGACAAUCUGACUCAAGAUGAGAUACAUUCAACUCAGUUCGAUGUCCACAAAAGCUUUUCAGAAUUGGGGGACUUGGUUGAGUUUGUAACCCAGAACUGGAGAGAGAAUUAUGUCGUAGCGAAUCUCAAUGAUAUCGAAAUGUUGACGAGUUUACAAAAGAGACCUUUCUUCUUGCACAUUUCCAUCGAUGCUCCAUUGACUUUGAGAUACGAACGUUACAAAUUGAAAAGCAGCAUGGACAGGGUAAGUUUGUCUGAAUUUGUGGAAAGAAAUGAUAAUGAGCUUUUCAGCUUGGAGAAUCCAUUAAUUGAGAUCAACAACCAGGCCCAAAUCAAGAUCAUCAAUACAUCUCGUUCCAUCAAAGAUCUUUACGUGAAAUUAUCAGAGUUGAACUUACUCAACCAUUCCAGAUUGAGGCCUACCUGGGAUUCGUACUUCAUGAGGUUGGCAGACUUGGCUGCCUUGAGAUCUAAUUGCAUGAAAAGACGAGUCGGUUGUGUUCUCGUCCGUCAGAACCGUGUCAUUGCAACAGGUUACAAUGGUACACCCAGGCACUUGACCAAUUGCAAUGAGGGUGGUUGUCCAAGGUGUAAUAAAGGUGAGGGUAGUGGAGCAGGUCUUUCGACCUGCUUAUGUUUGCACGCUGAGGAAAAUGCUCUAUUGGAAGCGGGAAGAGAUAGAAUAGGAGGAGACGGGGUGUUGUACUGUAACACAUGCCCAUGCUUGACGUGCUCGAUCAAGAUAGUCCAAAGUGGUAUCAAAGAGGUGGUUUACGCGCAAAGCUACUCCAUGGACGAGUUGAGCCACAAGGUGUUGAGCGAAGGGAAGAUCAUUUUAAGACAAUUCCAACCACCUUCAGAGGGGAUCUUUAUAUAAUUUGCAUUUACAAGACAAGGAUAUAAUGAACAAUACUAAG